AUGAAUCUUGAACUACUUGAAUCGUUUGGUCAGAAUUAUCCAGAGGAGUUUGAUGGUGCACUAGAUUCUAUAUCUUUAGCAGCAACAUGUGCAUUCAACAGACGUGGCACGUUAUUAGCAGUAGGAUGCAAUGAUGGAAGAAUAUUUAUAUGGGAUUUCCUGACCAGAGGCAUAGCAAAAUCCUUAUCUGCCCAUGUAUAUCCAGUGUGCAGUUUAAGUUGGUCCAGAAAUUGUAAAAAGCUGUUAUCAUCAUCGACAGACCAUAAUGUCUGUAUAUGGGAUGUGUUAUCAGGUGAAUGUGAGCAACGAUAUAGAUUUCCAACGCCCAUACAACGUGUUCAGUUUGAUCCACGUAAUGAUAGACGUUUCCUUGUCUGCCCUAUGAGGCAUGCUGCGUUAUUAGUGGAUACAGAAGGGGGUCAUAAAAUAUUACCAAUUGAUGAUGAUGGUGAUAUUAAUGUUAUAGCUUCAUUUGAUCGUCGUGGUGACUAUGUCUACACAGGAAAUGCUAAAGGAAAAAUUUUGAUACUAGACUCACAGAAACUGACUGUUAAAGCAAGUUUCAAAAUAACAGUUGGAACAUCCAGCACAACUGGUAUUAAAAGUAUUGAAUUUGCGAGAAGAGGCGAUUGUUUCUUGGUGAACACAUCUGAUCGUGUAAUUCGUGUGUACGAUACAAAUACUGUGCUCAAAUGCGGAGUCAAUGGAGAGCCUGAGCCUAUACAGAAGCUGCAGGAUCUUGUUAAUAAGACGACAUGGAAGAAAUGCUGUUUCUCAGGCGACGGAGAAUAUAUAUGUGCGGGUUCAGCCCGGCAACACGCGCUCUAUAUUUGGGAGAAGUCUAUCGGGAACUUAGUGAAGAUUUUGCACGGCACAAAGGGAGAGAUGCUUUUGGAUGUGGUUUGGCAUCCCAUAAGGCCUAUAAUCGCUAGUAUAAGUGCAGGUGUGGUCUCAAUCUGGGCACAAAACCAAGUUGAGAAUUGGUCAGCGUUUGCACCAGACUUCAAGGAGUUGGACGAAAACGUUGAAUACGAGGAAAGAGAGAGUGAGUUUGACGUAGAAGAUGAAGAUCGGUCCGUGGACAUGUGUGGGGAAAGCCGGGAUGACGAGCAAGUUGAGGUGGACGUAACGACGUGUGAGCCAGUGGCUGCAUUCUGCAGCUCUGAUGAAGAAGGGGAAGAUGAGAAUUUGUUGGCUUUCCUUCCUAUUGCACCAGAGAUUGAGGAACCUGAGGAUGGCUGGGCAGCAACGCAAGAGACAGUCACGCCUACAGAGACGCCUGAGAAACUGCUACCGGCCGCUAAGAGACCACGCACCAGUACAUACGAUAUAGCACUCAACAUAGAUCCGCCUGAUCAACCGAUGGCUUAUGGAGGCAAGAAUAAGCAAGCGGCUGGGAGUAAAAAGGUUGCCGGAAGGCCUAGGAAAUGA